UGGGACUGGAUAUGUAUGAAUGAAAACAGUAGGUGGCGAUAUCUGCGGAAUACGCCAAAAACCCAAAGAAGAAGAGGAAGUUGAGUGAUUUUUCCGGAAGUUUAUAAACGCGUCUUCGAGAACAGAGGAGAAGAAACCAUGGAGCUCUUUGUAGUUUCACCAAAUUUGAGGUUUACUAACCUUACUGUCGCCCCGGGCUCGACUGUCAGCGAUCUUAUCGAUCAUUUUGCCGUUAAAGAGGGUGCCUCCUUCGCGGAUUUGUAUGUGAAGAGUAAUGGCCGCGUAUCUCACAGGAGCGACUCUCUUCAGGCUGGAGUUGUGUACCGUGUGGAGCCUCGCUUAUGUGGAGGCAAAGGAGGAUUUGGCUCUAUGUUGAGGGCCCUGGGUGCACAAAUCGAAAAGACCACUAACCGCGAGGCCUGUAGAGAUCUGAGUGGAAGGAGACUGAGAGACGUCAAUCAUGAGAAAGAAAUGGCAGAUUGGCUGAAAAAGCAGGCGGAUCGAGAGGCAGAGAAGGAGCAGCGUCGUCUGGAGAGGAUUCAGAGGAAAUUGGCUGAGCCGAAACAUUAUUUCACAGACACCAAUUAUGAACAGCAGUGCCACGACCUCUCAGAGAGACUGGAGGACUCUGUAUUGAAAGGUAUGCAGGCUUCCUCUAGUGGUCUCGUCAAGGCGGAUGAGGGGCCGAGUCGCAAGCGUCCGACACCAGCCAACAGUGAAAAGAAAGUAAAGAAGAAAUGCUUCUGGACUGGCCUCGGAGGACUGGAGGAGAUGGGCAGCUCUGGUGAAGGAAGUGAUGACAGCGACAGCGAGGCUUCUCCGUCCACCUCUGGGGCUUCAUGCAGUUCAGAUGUUCCCAAACCAGCUGUGCCGCCUUCUGCCACCAGGGGGAGUGACAGGACAGACCCUCAGGACCAGCCCAGCAGCUCCAGCAGCUCCUCCUCCCAGAGUCCUGCACCGAGCUCCCCAACACAGGUGGAGGAGGAGGUGCAGAAGAACGCAGAAAAGGAGUGUACAGCUCAAAACAGCAGCAUCGAAGAGGAUAAAUCCUCCCAGAGUCCCGCACCAAGCUCCCCAACACAGGUGGAGGAGGAGGUGCAAAAGGAGUGUACAGCUGAAACCAGCAAAGAGGAUAAAUCGCAGGUUGAGCCCACAGAAGCACCAAGUGGCCCAGCCGAGAGCAGUCAGGCACAGGAGGAGGUGGAGGGUCCGCUGGAUCUGCUGUCUGUGAGUGGGCCGGAGCAGCUGGAGGCUUUGGGUCUGGAGCGGCUGAAGAAAGAGCUGAUGGAACGAGGGAUGAAGUGUGGAGGAACGCUGCAGGAACGGGCUGCACGUCUGUUCUCCGUCAAAGGACUGAGUCCAGAUCAGAUUGACCCUGCGCUCUUGGCCAAACCCACAAAGGGCAAGAAGAAAUAGCUUGCGUUUCUUAAACCACAGUGUUUUUUUGCUUGUGUUUGGCAUGUCUGUAGUUAUGUUUAAAGUGUCGUUUGUAAAAGUCUAACACCUAAUUUUGAAAAAUCCCCAGUUUGGGACAAUAAUGAGUGCUAGAUUCUUUUUUUUUUAAAAAUUAGAAUGACAUUACUGGUCAGAUACAGAUAACAAUCUGGAUUGAACUUUAGUCCACAAUACAUGGCAUUUUAUUUGUUUAGUUUUUUCUGUUAGAGUAACAUGCCAAGUAACAAAAGGUGAAACUCAGGUUAACUUUUUUUGUAAUCUGUACAAUAAACUCUUUAUGAUAAUUUAGUCAUAGUAAAUAGUUUUUUUAUUAUUAUUAUUCAUGCAUACAGAGACAUUCUGAUAAUCAGUCAUAUGUUUAUGAUGUGGGUGGGAAGUCCUUCAAUUCAUCUAUUGUCUAAAAGAUUGUUCAUAUUACACAGUAUUUGAUUGUAUAUGUGAUCUGGUCCAUUUGGACUAAGUAAAAUAUUGUUGCACAA